AUGCUGAAAACUAAAACUGGACCCAGAAGACUUAGGAGUCCACUGGUGACCAAACAACUCAGAGAUCCUGACAUAAAUCUUUGCUUAUCACAAUUUGAUACUUCUACCAGAUGUAUGGAUGAAAAUAACUAUAACAGGGAAACGUGUUCCAGUUGCUUAUUAAAGUACAACAACUUCCAGAGAUUCAGGAAUUCUAUCCUGGUCAAAAGAACACAGAAUGGAGUAAAGCCUAUUAUGCCUACUGCAGCAGAAAGAGCUGAAAUCUUGGGAGCAAUGGGAAAGAUGCCCUAUUGA